AUGGCUCGUGGAAAACAAAAAGCAAUUGGUAGGCGGUCCAAAUAUUCUUCUAAUCCGUCAAUUGAAGAACAACCGUUAAAAGGAGUUCAAACUGAAAUUGACAAAGAAGUUCAAUCAAGUGAAGAAGAAACCCCGGAAAUGAGGAUUAUAAGGAACCAAAAGGGUAAAAUGAAAAACCGGGAAGAUCAACCGGAAGUGGAAGAACAACAACAACCAGACAAGAAAGAUGCAACACCUCGUGUUGUUGGGUUGCACAUUCCUGAUGAUGAUGAUGUAAUAUAUGCACGAGAUGAUGGUUUACUACACAGUCUUCCAGCCGACGGAGGCAAAGUGUUGAUUGCUUACAGAGAGUCUUGGGCUAAGAGGAUAUAUGAGACUCCUAGCCAUUGUCGUGCAGUCAGAGUUUUGAGACAUCAAAGGGAUGCACAUUGGGAUUUGUUUAAAGAGGUGCUUGAGGUGAUUGUUAUAGUGAAAGCCUCUGAUUUAUGGCCUGCCAUUAAAUAUGGUCAUCAGGAAUGUGAUAGAGUGACAGCCUCCGCCUUUGCCGAGAGAUUUGCUCCUGAGACUUACACAUUUCAUAUCCCCUUUGGCGAGAUGACAAUCACUCCUGACGACGCGAACAAGAUUACGGGCCUUAGGGUCACAGGCGAAAGCGUGGAUGCAACGUUUUAUAAUAUGAUUUGGGAUGAGUUGUAUAAGUUGGCGAAGGAAACUCUAGGUUGGACAAGAUCAAUAACCGAACUAGAGUUUUGUUGUUCUGUGAGGGAUGCCACUUCUACACAUGAUGAUAAAGCAUAUAUGUUGUACACUCUUGGAAGAGAUAUAUUUCCAGACACUUCUGGGAACAAGGUGAGUGCUCAAUAUCUCCAAUUUUUCAAGGAUGUUCACUCGGUUAAUAGUUAUGCUUGGGGGACAGCGUCACUUGCCUACCUACUCAAUCAACUGGCACAAGCAUCUAGGUUGGCAAGUACAAACGUUGGAGGAAAUUUCACUAUGCUUCAGUCCAGAGGAUAUUUUGAGAAUCUUGAAUUAUUUAUGGACAAUAGGAAUUCAGUUUCUUUGGUUGAGGAUAUUUUGAGAAGUCUUGAAUUAUUUAUGUAG